UUAGAAAAUAAAUGGAUUAGUUGGGGUAUAAAUAAUAUUGGGCCGAAACUGAACCGGGAAUUCCCCACGGCUGAAAAGUUCCACUCAAAGCCCUAAACCUCGCGAGAGAGAAACCUUCCGAUUUCCGAUGGCUACCACCAACAACCUUCAUGGCUCUGGUUGAGUUUUUCCACAUAAUAUGUCAGAUUCUGUGAAUCAAGUGCUUAUGGAAUCAGCUAAAGAAGGAUCUGCUCAUAUGAGUUCAGAGGGAAAGACUAAUGACACGCAAAUAAAAGCGCGUGUUGAUUCCAUGUGGGAGCAAAUGAACAAAGGGGUGUCUAGCAAAACACUAAAAGGUUUGUCAACCAAACGAUCUCCAGCUGUGAAUAAAAACUCAAAGAAGCCAUCCAAUAAUUGGAUGGCAUAUCUUGGUAUGGCAUCAAAGAAGCCUCAGGAAAAAGAUAUAUUAUCAGAAGGAUCCAGGGUUCUGCAGAACAGUUCUAUUGAUGAUGCGAAGAUGCUUGCUGCUACUGCGCUCUCUGCUGUUAGGGAUGCUACAGCUACCAUCUCUGGCAGGGGGAAAGUUGAGAUCACAGAGAUUAGGGACUUUGCAGGCCAAAAUGUUGAAAUUAAAAAGUUCGUAGAUGUGGAUUCAAAAGAAGCUCACGAGAAAAUGAAGGCACCUGCUACUUCAGCUGUCGAUGUAGUCCUCGAACAAAUCAAGAAGAAACAAAAGCUUAGUGUUCUUGACAAGACAAAAAAGGACUGGGGAGAGUUUAAGGAAGAAAACAAGGGUCUGGAAGAGGACUUGGAUGCUUACAAGAAGAGCUCGAAUCAAUAUCUUGAUAAAGUUUCUUUUUUGCAGCGAACCGAUUACAGGGAGUUCGAACGAGAGAGGGAUGCACGAUUGGCUUUGCAAGCCAGACGAAGGCCUGAUAUGCGAGAAGAGCCAUAAUUAAAGUUAUCAUCAGAAGCUCUUUGAAAAAUGUGCACUUAUUUUUAAGGUUCUGAGAAUUUUCUUGUGCCCUAACCGGCGUCUGCUCUCAAAGUCUUGAACCUCCAUCAGAAAGAAUUCCUAUAGCGCAGUUGUUUUUCAUUCUUCUGUUGUGUAUAGAUAAAUCUUUGAGCUUCGGAAAUACAAGAUUCUCAGACCACAUUGUUAUUCAA